AUGGUCGCAUUCGGUCCGUUGUCAGCCUUGCUGGAGCGACAAGCUGCCGGCGCUCCUCAUUACAAACAUGAAUCCAACACUGCGAAUCUCAUGGCGAUCAACGGAACCUUUUGCGGCGUCGCUCUCGUCACGGUAGUGCUGAGAAUGUAUGUCAGGAUAUUCAUGCUCAAGAGCGUGGGGACAGAUGACUAUGUCAUGGUCGCAGCAAUGGUUUUGUCUCUCGCCGUUCUCGCCUGCUUCUCCGGAGAAGCUGCUGCGGGCGGCUUAGGCCACCAUCCCGCUCUUGUCGACCCCGCGGAUUGGUCUCUCUUUUUGCAUUGGCGAUAUUUCCAUUCGCUCAUCAUCAUGUUUGGAAUCAGUCUGGUCAAGAUCUCGGUAGCCUGCUUUCUGCGCAGGCUUGUGCCGAACAAGAACUACCAUCGCUUUCUUCUGGGCUCGAUCGUCUUCCUGAUCGCCUUCACGCUCUCAUGUGCUGGGACGUUGAUCUUCAAUUGUGGCACCAACGUCUCCGCCAACUGGGACCUCGAACUACGAGUAAACGGCAAGGCCAAAUGCUUCAGCAACACCACCUAUACCAACAUCGGCAUUUUCAACAGCAGUAUCCAAAUUGCCACCGACGUCCUCUUCGCGCUCCUUCCUGUUCCAAUCGUCUGGAAAUUGCAGGCCAACCUUCGUACCAAAAUCACUCUGGUCGGGAUUCUUGGCCUGGGUCUUUUCGCCUGUGCUGCAAGUAUAGUCAAAACAGUUCUCCAGGCCAAUGCACUCUUCAAUGCUGACUGGACAUUCCAUGACUCUUUCUUCAUGUGGAACAAUAUUGAGUUCAACAUUGGUAUCCUGGCUGCAUCUCUACCUUCGCUUCGACCUUUGUUCGUCAAGCUUCUUGGGGCUUCUCAGAGAUUCACCUCAAGCAACGGCCGUAACGGCCAGUCCUAUGGCAAGUAUGAUGCGGAUGGGCUGGCAUAUCGAAAGACCAAAUCAAACGUGCGGAACACUGGGAACCCCGGCAGGGAAUAUUACGAAUUCGGCUCCCGGCAAUCGACAGAGCUGGGAGAGCUACGCAGAGGUGCUAGUGUGCGUGCCUUUGGAGAGGACCCCAGUAAGAUGGCAGGAGUUACUAGCACAGUGACGGCAGGCGACGAUGACAGUGAUAAGAUCAUGCUCGACCAAGAUUUUCAUGCGGUCGGAAUUGACAAGGAUUGGACGAAACCUGCUGGCUCGGGCAUCACGAAGACGACGACUGUACAAAUUGCACGGUAUUAA